AUGCUCCACAACAACAUCAACACCGGUCUGACUGUUAUUCUUCCUUCAAGCAAGAUCAUAAGGUCUCGCCAAUUCUUAGAAAAGAAGAAGCCGGCCCCCAGUUCUACAGGUGGCCGAAGGAAGAAGUCUGCCGCUAAGAAACCGGCUCCGGUAAAAGGCAGAUCCGGAAGCAAGAAGGACAAACAACCGAUAGAAUUCGCGGAUCCGCCCUCUGAAACGCGAGAUGAGGACGAUUUGGCCUCCAGCUCAGACCGAACUACUUCAGAUAAUACCGAAGAAAAUCUGUCCGGUAAAGAAAAAGGACCGAUAGAACAGGAACAAUCGGCCAGUAUUGAACUUGAAGAAACCGGUGCAGACGACUCUGGGGAGGAAAACGUUCCCGUUAACAACGACCAGGAGGUAGCCGAAACUAUAGUGCGCAGAAUCAUGGAGAAAAUCGAUUUGCAAGCUCAUGCGGCUUCCGAAGUAUACAAAAGGUAUGUUGCGGGAACACCGAAGUCUAAAUUACAACUCUUGGUGUUGGAUAUACUUGCGGUAAAGAAAGGAGAAUUAAUCGACGAAGUGGCGCGGCUUGAAGCGGUGCGCGAACAGCAAAAUACAACGCACUCUCCGCGUCAUGAGGAUGUUGACGGUCAGAACCCAGGCGAUAAGUCUCCUCUAACGGAUCAGGCUAUCAAUGAAACCGACGACAGGUCAGAGCCUCCUUUCAUCGACAAUCUUGAAUCUGAUCAAGUUCGGGAUUCAGAACCGGUCGUCACAGAAGAAAGAGUCAAGUCUCUCAUUCAAGAGUUUGUCAACGACGCGGUUAAUCCCUGGAAGAAGAAAGCUAAGAGGGUCGCGGUUCAGGCAUUCAGGAUGGCCGAGACAACAAGGGAUGAUCUUGGGAAGGCAAACGAGCGGAUCACGUCGGUCGAAACCAACUACCGUGACGAGUGUUCUUUGGUGGAUGACUUGGAACGGUUUCAAGAGAAGACCGAGCAACGGCUUACAAAGGUCGAUGAGGACCUGGGGCGGUCAAGCACCGAAGUCGGUUCAACACUCGACAGGGUCAUAAGCGUUGAGGAGAAGAAUGCAAGUCUUGAGGAAAGGAACACCAAGUUUGAGGCCGAUCUCAAGGCGGUCACCGAACAGGUGAAUGAACUGAUAAAGGUCAAGCUGGCUGCCGAUAAAGCGGUUGAGGAGGCAAACGCUCAGGCGGCUAAGGAACUUCAGGAUGCGUUGGAUGAACAGAACCGAACACAGAAGGAGGCACCACAGUCUGAUGCGAACUUCAACGAACGAUUACGGAUCUCAAUGACCAGAAAUCCGGCACUUGCAAAGACCAUAGCAGCUCAAGAGGCCAAGGAUGCAGAGCGGUUAAACGCUGAAAAACAAAGGCUCGACGAAUAUGCCAAGGCUCACAAGAAAAUCACCGAGACAGCUGUUGACUCUCUACCGAACCUGGCUCUGCAAACCGAGGAUGACUUCGAAGAGGAUCUCGAGCCGCGACCUACAAGACAGCGAGCUUUCAAUGCGGUUCUAGUCAGCACGGUCGCUCAACAGUUCUCUCCUCACCAGGACACCACGGGAGCAAGAGGUUCUUCUUCAAGGCCGGAUCAACCGACUAAAGGACAACCAACAGAUGAGAUGAUGGAUGACUUCCUGCCAUCCAAAUUAAACUAA